CACUUCUGAAACUUUUUCCAUGGCGUUGUGUGAUCCCUACACUGCAUUCUUUCUAACUUCAGUUUUGCUCUCUUCAGUUCUAUCGUCUCCAUCAGUAAUAGAUGAUUUAAACAACCUACAACCACCUCCAGAUUUCAGUGUAACAAUCUCAAAUAAUUGUUUAAAGAACCCAUCUCUUAGAUAUUGUAGUGGUUUCUUGCCCACAGAUCUUCCUGACAUUUUCAAGGCCACUAUUGUGGCAGACCAUCUCUGCAGUGAAUCGAACAACAAUAAUUGCAAUGGUGAUUCAUUCACAAAGAUAGACUUGCAUAAUCGCCCAAAAAUAACUCCUCUUUACUUAUCCUUUGCUUUCUUUUGGAAGUAUUGUCCCUUAACAGUACUUAUAAUCGACUUAUCCAACAAUUCAAUCAAAGGCAACUUUCCUACAGACAUCUUAAAAUGUACCCAAGUCCAGUCUCUUGAUCUUAGCCAUAACAAUUUCAAUGGAGAGUUUCCAAUGGAAAACUUUUCCUUACUGAAUAAUCUUACACUUCUCAAUCUUUCUUACAACCAUUUUUCAGAACUUCCAAUCUCAGACGCACACUUCUUGGAACAAUUUGGGUCCUCGAGUUUUCUGCACUCUGGUCUGCUCCCGAAUCACGGAAAGUUCAAGAUUAAGGCCACGUUCUUCUUAGUUGGCUUCCCAAUCUUUGUCAUUCUAACAGUUGUUAGUUUGAGUUGGAUCUGUUUUUGGAGACCAGAUUUUCUACCGCCGUUCCUCAGACACCAGCAUAAAUUUACACCUUCAAUGCUGAAGGCAGCAACAAGUGGAUUCUCACAGGAUAACUUGGUUGCAAAGCUUGCUGAACUUGAUAUAUAUAGAGGGAAAUUGAGAGAUGGGACUGAAGUUCGGAUUGAAAUAUACCAAGACAAGAUUACAUCUGAACAACGGAAGGAAUUUGUAGAAGAAUGCAGGAUUCUAGUUCAGUUAGAUCACAAAAACUUAGUUCGGGUGUUGGGGUGGUGUGAUCGCCGAAAUCCAAGGGCAGUUGUAUCAGAAUGGUCUGGCGGGGUGAACAUGGUGAGAUGGCUAUCACAGUCGCCAUCAUGGAACAAAAGGUUAAAGGUUUUGGUGAGUGUCGUGGAAGGGAUGUGUUAUCUUAAGGACCAGUGGCCUGGGGUUGUAUGUGACCUUAAGGCGAGUAGUGUACUAUUAUCUGAGGAUCAAGAGCCAUUGAUCUCAAGAUUCUGGAUCACAGAUCAGAACAACUAUUCUAGGAUGGUCUAUAUGUUUGGAGUUCUCCUGCUUGAAAUGAUAGUAACUAGAAGCUCACCUAAUGUGCUCAAAGAAAGCAAAAGUAUUGUGGAAUGGGCGAGGAUGCAUUACCCAGAAAAUAUAUGGGUAGUGAUGGAUGCAAGAAUUAAAAAAGCAGGUAUGACUUAUGAGCAAGCUUCUCAGAUAGUAGACUUAGGCUUGAUGUGCACGGAUCUUUCAGAUGAGCAGCAACUGCCCAACUUGCACCACAUAUCUAAAACAGUGAAACGGGUCUAUGAGGCUUCCAUUGUCUUAGGAACCCCUAAUCACAAACAAUGGCACAGUGAAAGAGAUUAAGAACAGAGAUGCCACCAGCCAAGAUGAGCAUGUACGUCUGAAUGAUUUGGUAACUUCUGUAAACUUAUGUCAGUAACAAAAACAGAAUAUGAAAGAUUAUUAUCAUCAGCAUGUCCCAGUUUCCUACUUUUCUCCUA